UAGACACGUGAUACCCCUAACGCAAAUUGGGGAAGAACGAUGAGGUUUCAAGUCAUCCUCUUGGGAAAUACUAACGACGACGACUUGACAAGGCAAAUGCAGAUACCAUGGUCGCCGGAAGCCGCUCCAUCACGAUCAUGGCGAAGCUUUGCUUCCCUCUCCCGCUCAAACCAUCUCUGCCAUUCUCCUCUCUCGUCCAAAUCCAAAACCCCGCCAACCCACCAGUUGGUUUGACCAAGCAAGCGUUGACCGCCCUCCUGCAAUCAUGCUCUGCGCACCCAAACCAACUCAAACAAAUCCACACCGUCGUCCUCACGACCGGCCUCUCGAUCAAGAACAGCCUCCUCACCCAACUCCUCACCAAUUUCGCACUCUUAGGUGACAUGUCGUAUGCCCGCCAACUGUUCGACCAAAUGCACAAGCCACGGGUUUUUCUCUGGAAUACCCUUAUCAGAGCGUAUGUGAAAAACCGUAUCUUUACGGAGGCUGCGUUAGUUUACAGGCAAAUGCACCUUCUGGGUGUUCGUCCUGACCAGUUUACUUACACAUUUGUGGUGAAGGCAUGCUCCGAACUGCCCGAAUUGUGGGCUGGAUCGGCUGUUCUUGCCCAUGUGGUGAAAUAUGGGUUGGAGUUUGUUGCCAUGGUGAGGACUGAGUUGGUUGCAAUGUGUGUGAAAUUUGGGGAAUAUGGUGCGGCGGAUUUUCUGUUUGAAACUAUGGUUGAGAGAGAUUUUAUUGCUUGGAAUGCUUUCAUUGCGACUUGUGUGCAGAAUGGACAUGCCGGUAAGGCUCUUGCAUUGUUCCGCCUGAUGGAUGCGGCUAGGAUUAAGCCUGAUGCUAUUAGUGUUGUGAGUGCCUAUUCGGCUUGCGGGCAAUUGGGGUGUUUGGAGACCGGGGAAGAAAUCUACGGGAUCAUGAAAAAAUAUGGGAUCGGAUGCAAUAUAAUUGUCGCCAAUGCACGGCUUGAUAUGUAUGUGAAAUGUGGUAGCAUAGGAAUGGCUGAGACUUUGUUUAAGGACAUGUCUCAGAGAAAUGUUAUUUCCUGGAGCACUAUGAUAGUAGGAUAUGCCAUAAACGGGGAGAGUGAAAAGGCGUUGGAUAUGUUUUUGAGGAUGCGAAAAGCAGGUGUGCAACCAAACCAUGUCACCUAUCUGGGAGUUUUAUCUGCAUGUAGCCAUGCUGGGCUAGUGAAUGAAGGCAAGGCGUAUUUCAGUAACAUGGUUCAAUCUGGUGACAAGAGCAUCUGGCCGAAACUUGAGCACUAUGCUUGUAUGGUAGACCUUCUUGGACGGUCAGGACAUCUUGAGGAGGCCCAUAAUUUUAUAAGAACUAUGCCAAUUGAACCAGAUUCUGGAUUAUGGGGAGCUUUAUUGGGUGCCUGUACAAUCCACCAAAAUGUUGAACUGGGCCAGCAUGCGGCUGAUAUGCUUUUCAAAUUAGCUCCUGAUAUUGGUUCAUAUCAUGUCUUGAUGUCAAACAUGUAUGCGGCUGCUGGAAGGUGGGAUUUCGUCGACAAGUUGAGGCUCAGAAUGAGAAAACGAGGUGUCAAGAAAGUGGCUGCCUACAGCUCGGUUGAAUGUAAUGGAAAUUUCCAUAUCUUCUAUGGUGGAGACAGGUUGCACCCGGAGUCAGCAGAAAUAUAUGAGAAGUUGAAGGACUUACUGAAACAAGUGAGUGUAGGUUACGUUCCAAAUACCAGUUAUGUGUUUCAUGAUGUGGACAUAGAGGAAAAGGAAGCCACGGUAAGCACCCACAGUGAAAAGCUUGCCGUCGCAUAUAGUCUCAUAAAUUUAAGGCCCGAAAGCCCCAUUAGGGUGGUGAAGAAUUUGAGAAUGUGUGACGACUGCCAUAGUUUUUGUAACUUUGUCUCUAAAGCUACCAAAAGGGAGAUUGUCAUGAGAGAUAAAAUCCGUUUUCAUCAUUUUAGAAAUGGAGAUUGUUCGUGCAACAACUUUUGGUGAUCGCAAGAAACAGUGAUGACUUUGAGGUGAUAAAGCUUUUGCACUUGUACUGACAUAUGGAAGGAAGGACAAAGUAUCGACGCCAGCAGAUAUCUCAUCUUUGGCAAAUGCCAAAAAGUUGGAUUUCCAGCAUGAACAUCUGCACAGCACAUUGGUUUGUAACGUUUCAGUUAAACUCAUUUACAGCACCCAAGAAUUUUGGCUCAGAAUGUGAAACUUGUGUGCAAUGUUAUCCCCCCAACAUUCAUAAAAAAACGUUACCAGCUGUUCUAGUUUUCUUCCUGAUUCUUUAGCAUGCCUAAGGGAAGCAUUGAGAAAUGGCUUCAGUCCCACAACUGAUAGAUUGCAGAAGCUAAACGCGGUGGCGGGUGUUGCCUAGGCAUUUUAACAUCUCUAUCAUGGUUAUUCAUCAUAUUCGGUUCACUGUGAUACGAUGCCAACUAUUGUCCUGCUUGAUCAAGAUACGGUUGCACAUUCAUCUGACUUUGGCUUUCCAAACUCUAGGGAAAAGGGGCAUCUACUAACCAAGACCCUUGCUACGGUUGGACAUACAGCAUCAUGUAACGUUUCUAACUACUUGAUUAAUUUUCUUUUUCUGUUUUCGUUGAAAUUCUGUUCAUUAUAUUAUCGUGAAGGAAAUCAAAUUUGAUUGAUAAAAACUAGUCAAAGUUGUGAUUUUUCUUGCUAGGUAGUGAAGAGAAAUGUAACAUGCUGUGCAUCGCAUAUUGCGGUAACAGAGUCCAGAAAAUACGUGAGAUUUCUAGCAAAUGUAGCAAGGCCAAAAUGUGUAGCUUGAGCACUUUAAAUGUACAAUAAAAGAUCAACAAAAAUGCAUAUCUGCCAACA